CAAUCACUCACACUGCUAACACACUACCAACACACCACUAACACACGUUUAUUCACAAUCACUCACACUGCUAACACACUACCAACACACAAUACAAUCACUCACACUGCUAACCCACUAACCACGCGACUGACACGGUCACAUCCCAUGACCACUGCCGCACCCAGGGGACGCUGAUCCCUCCCAACCCACACUCGGAGCGAGACGCAGGGGAGAAAGCCGCAAACGACACUUCCGCCGUGGGCUGUCACCGCCCCGACGCUGACAGCAGACCGCGGUGGGUGAACACGAGUGGUGGCGUUUCCUUCUCCGUGCGCGCGAGAUGGCGGAGCGGUGCCACGCUGGUCUCGCCCGCGCUCUCGGGCUCGCCGGGACCGGCCUCGCGUCCGUGGCGCGGUGCUGUUGCCCACCUGGCCGUGUGCGUGGGCUGCUGCCCCCGCUCACGUGGCUCCCAGGCUACACGCUGGGCUCCUUGCGCAUGGACCUGGUGGCGGGGCUCACCGUGGGCCUCACCGUGGUGCCUCAGUCCCUCGCCUACGCGCAGGUGGCCGGCUUACCCGCGCAGUACGGCCUCUACUCGGCCUUCAUGGGCUGCUUCGUGUACUGCCUGCUCGGGACGUCGAAGGACGUGACGCUGGGCCCCACGGCCAUCAUGUCACUCGUUGUGUCGGUGUACGUGCGCCGCGACCCCGUGUACGCCGUGCUGCUCACCUUCCUGUCUGGCGCCAUCCAGCUACUCAUGGGGAUCCUCCGUUUGGGUUUUUUGGUCGAAUUCAUCUCCCUCCCUGUCUUGAAAGGAUUCACUUGCGCUGCUGCAAUAACGAUUGGAUUCAGCCAAAUUAAGACACUCCUAGGACUUAAAGACAUCCCUCAGCAGUUCUUUCAGGAGGUGUAUUACACGUUUUCCCGAAUCGCAGAGACCAGACUGGCGGAUGCCUUGCUGGGCGGGAGCUCCCUCCUGCUGCUCAUCCUCCUCCGCGUCAUUGCCGCACGGUCCCCCAUCCCACCGCCCAUUCCUGUCUCCGUUCGUAUCAGCAAUAGCAUCACCUCUAUUUUUGGGACAGUGCGCAAUGCGGUGGUCGUCCUGGCUGCCGCCCUUGUGGCGUUUGCCUGCGAGAGCCAGAGGCUGCACCCCUUCACCCUCACGGGGCACAUUGCCCAGGGCCUACCCCCGUUCCACCCUCCUGCCUUCUCAGAAACCAAGGAAGGCACAUUCAUCCCUUUUUUGCAGAUCGUCAGGGAUCUGGGGUUGGCGCUGUUGGUCAUUCCGCUGCUGGGUUUCCUGGAGAGCAUUGCGAUCGCUAAAGCGUUCGCAACCAAGAACAUGUACAGGAUCGAUCCCAGCCAGGAACUGAUAGCAAUAGGCCUCACCAAUGUUCUGGGUUCCUUCACCUCCUCCUACCCCGUCACAGGCAGCUUUGGCAGAACCGCGGUGAAUUCCGAGACGGGUGUGGCGACACCCGCAGGCGGCCUUGUUACAGGCGCUGUGGUGCUGCUGUCGCUCGCCUUCCUCACGCCGUGGUUCUACUUCAUCCCCCAGGCCGCCCUCUCCGCCAUCAUCAUUUGCGCCGUGGCGCCGCUGUUUGACUGCCGCAUUCUGUGGAGGCUUUGGAAGAUAAAAAAGUCGGAUGCAUUGGUGUUUGUGCUGACAUUUGCGCUGUGCCUGUGGGAGAUCCCGUAUGGGCUGCUGGGAGGGGUGGUCGCAUCUCUUCUGCCCCUCCUGUACCCACUUCUACGGCCACAUCUCGACGCGACGCGUGCGGAGGCAGCUGUGCCGGCCUCGGGGGCCCUGGUGGUGAAGCUGCAGUGCGGCCUGUGCUUCCUGGCCGUGGAGCACCUGCGCGAUGAGCUGCUCGCCCUGCAGGCGUCUUGCUCUGUCAUCCCCGGGCCCUGCUCGGCCCCACGGCCGGUAGUGCUGGACUGCAGGGCCGUGUACAUGCUCGACUACUCGUCCGUGUGCGUCCUGCGGGAUCUGCUGCUCAACUUUCACAGCAGAGGCUCCCAUUUGCUGCUUGCCUGUCUGCAGCCGCAAGUUCUUGACGUUCUGUGUCGUUCCGAGGUUGACUGCGAGCCAUUUGCAAGUGUGGCGAUGGCAGAAACGUGGCUGUCAGAACAAGAAUGCAAAGAAGAGAGAAUAUUACAUUGAGUUCCUGAAGAAAUUGUUUAAAAUUUUACCCUGGAACACAAAACUUUUAUACAUGUUUUAUUGUGUAUAUUAGAAGCUAAUCUUUUAAUGUAAUGUAUUAACCUGUGAGACUUUGUGAUGCUGAAAUAUUUUUUGCACAGAAAUUACACAAAAGCUGCAACAACAUUCUUGUCACUGUCGAUAUUACUUUAAAAUAAAGGUAAGCUUAUGGCUAAGGCCAA